GCGCAAGUUAGACAAGCUCUUGGUGGCGCUAGUGGAGCAGCCUAUAGCGGGGACGACAGAUGCGGCGGAAAAAGCCCCCAAGCGAGCGCUGGUGAAAGAUUGCGACCGCAAGCGCAAGCUGGAGCAAGUGAAAGACGCACUUACCGAAGUGAUUGUAGACCCAAACUGCGCAGCUCAUCUCAAGGUGGGCAAGAUGCGCUGCACACCCAGAACGCCCUCCUCCCUGCCCAGCGGAAGCAGCGGCCAGGCACCAAGUGCACAGACAAACGCAUCUGCGUGCGUUGACACUCCGCACGUCAACACUUCUCAAGUCAACGUUUAUCAAGUUGAUACUCCUCAAAUCGGCGCUCCUCAAGUCAACGCCCCUCAGGCAAAGGCCACCCCUGCUCCACGCAUCUGCUCCCCCUUCCUGCCUUCUCUCCAACCCUUCUUCCCGGCUCCUCCUGCCCUUCCUGCUCCUUCUGUCCCUCGUGUGCCGUCAGCCCUCCCUUAUAUCCCUCCUGUCGCAGCAACUCUCCCUCUCCCUCCGGUCUACCCAGCCCCACCUCCUUUCCCUCUCCCUUCCAUACCUCCUCUGCCUCAAACAUACCGUCCACUCCCAUCAUUCCUGCCAUGUCAGCCAAGCCAACCGCAACAGCCAAGCCAGCCGCUACAGCCGUCCCAGCCGCUACAGCCGUGCCAGCCGCUACAGCCUCUGCUGACCAAUCCCAUGCAGCCGUGCCAACUGCCCGCAUUCGCCUGGAGCAGUUACGGGGCCUGUCACCUGUCCCAUGUGAAACCUCAGGUGAAAGCUCAGGUGGCAUCAGAUUCGGGAACGUCUGGGGUGUCGAACCCGACUUGGAUGCAACAGCCUCUAGACGGUCAUCAUCGGCAGAGAAGACAGGUGUUUGAGGAGACUCAGACGGGUGGGCUACCCCCACAGGGGCUCGCAGAGAGGCAUCAGUGUGAGGAGGAAUCACAGGAGGAUGGAUUGCCCUGGACGAGUUUAUCAGCAGCAGCAGGAGGAAUAUCAGGAUGCUUGGCUGCUGUUGCUGCUGCUGCUACCACCACCCCUCCACUCCCCCAGAGUUCCUCCUGUGUGACAGCAGCUUCGAGCGCCGUUGAGCUCAACCUGCUCUGCCGCGUGGAUGCACGCGAGCAAGGGUCGUCCUGCGCAGAUGCAGGCGCACACGAGAAGCAGGAGCCGUGUCAGCCCGUUUGCCGGGAGCCACCGGCUUUGUCGCUUGCACUCAUCCACGCGCCAGGCGAUGAAAAAGAGGCUUUAGUUUUCGUUAAUAUAGAUAAUAGAAACAGCUGUAGAGGCGCACGCGAGGAUGUGCAAGAGGUUACUACUAGGACUCCUGGGAGGAGCAGCAAGAAUGACAGCGGUGGCUUGGGCAGUAGUAGUGAGCAUCGCUGGUCGUUGCUAGAGGGGUUUUGCCCCACGCCUCCUAUUCCUCUGCACCGCUUACAGCAGGCCAAUCGGUCAUAAUGCAGUAGUACGAUGUGCUGAUACCGUAUUUGUGUAAUGAUU